CACUGAAAGGAGAUCUCCAUAGAUCAAUCUCUACUGUUUCCUUGAUUCUUCUCGAAUCCUCCAGGAGACGGUAUCUUUCUCUUUACUCAUUUCAGGCAUUAGAUCGAGUCACUGCAGAAGCUUGGAGUGAAAGGAUAAGAUUAUCCUCUGCUUUGUCAAUAAUUUCAAUGCUAAGGAACUUGUGGAAACAUCUUAGGAAUGUGCCCACCCAGAAGAGAUUUGGAAACGUGUGCAAUCAGAAGUUCUCUUCGUUGAGCAGAGAUGAUAAUCUCCCUGAACUUGAAGCGGAUGCUGAAAGAAAGAUAGGAUUGCUAUUGAAAAUGAUCUUUGCAGGAACAGCAACUUAUGUUGCUUACAAAUUUGUCCCUUACAUGGGUGAUAAUUUGGUGGAACAAUCAAUCUCGCUUUUACAUGUGAAGGAUCCUUUGUUUAAAAGAAUGGGUGCAUCCCGGAUAGCUCGUUUUGCUACUGACGAUGAAAGAAGGGUAAAAAUUGUAGAGUUGGGAGGAGAUCAGGACCUUCUAAACAUGUUGGAGUCAGCUAAAGAUGACCGUACACGCAAAGAAGCUCUAAAAGCUCUCCAGGCCCUUUCACAAUCAGAUGUUGUGGUCGAUGCUUUGCAUCAUGCGGGUGGCCUCAAAGUCAUACACUCUGCGCCAAUCUCAACUGACGAACCAGAUAUUGUGAAAUACAGAUCUAACAUAUUGAAGAGGUUUCAUGAUCUCAAAUACGACAUGUCAAUAUUAGAAGAUGAGAAAACCCCUUGAGAGAGAGAGAGAGAGAGAGAGAGAGAGAGAGAGAGCUUUAUAAAUUCAAUGCUUAGCUCUGGGCAUUGCAAUUUAACAUUUUGGAUCUUUUUAAUGCCGUGAACUGUGUUGUUUUGAUGAGGGAAAUAAGAACAAGUUGUGUCACUGAUUAAAUAAGAAACCUGUGGAUUGGAACAUCAUUUGUAAAAAUGUCCCAAAGAUGUUAAGGGAAUGACUUGAAAGUGACCACAUUACAGGUUUCCCACUGGUAAAGAUGGGUAGAGAAUUUUCUUUUUUGAGGAAUGUUAGCCUUAUGUUUUCUGUCACAUUCAUGACUGUGUAGUCAUCUAUAUACGUGCAUGUGACUGCAUGAGACAGAGAGACCACAGGGGCGUACAACAAGAGCUUGAGAGAGAGGCCGCAGUAAUAUACAACAAGAGCUUAGAUGAAGGCCGAUGAAGUAAUAGAUAGCUACCACCAACUUAUGCUAUCAUGCUUAUGCUACAGUUUGAAUGGACCACCUGCCCACUCCCAUUUUACGCGUUUUUUUUUCUUCUUAUUAAUAUUAUGACUAUUAUUAUUGUUGUUAGCUGUUAUACUAUUAUGUGCCGUGGAAGUAACCGCUUACUUUCAAGUAAAUGGGGUAGAAUGGGGACCAUUUUUACUGUU